AUGGAUGCUCAGAAGGGGACGCCCUACAUUUUGGCCCAGCCGGCCAGGGAACAACGCAGGGUCCGGUUGUCGUCAAGCGACAUUGAGACAGAACCUGCGCUGGAGCUCCUCAUUCAACGUACCUCCCCUGCAGCGCCUGGAAGCAGCGGGUCUCACAGACCAGAUGGGACCACCUCGCACCUCGUACCAGCCUCAAAAGACGUCUCCAACCAGCACCUGGUAGCUGCUGCACGACGCCGUCAGCAAUUGCGACAAGACAAGGGCUUCGAGGCUGAGUUGGACCACCGGCGGCCAGAGGAGCUGCAGCGACGGCCAGACGGGAUGAUGGCGUUCGCUCGUGGUGGCCGAGAUGCAGCGCAGGCGACGCGAUUGAAGUCGACCUUUCGAUCUUGCUUUUUGACCUGCGCCGACUUGGGCGAUUGGAAGGCGUUUUCUCUUUAA